CCCGCGUUUUCCAACGAUGGUGUCCCCAGGGGAUCAAAACUUCAGCGUCACAGCUGGGACUGGCUUCGUGGUCCCUGAUGGGAGAGCAUGAACAGUGACCCUCUUUUGGCUGGCCUAUCCCGGGACUCUGACUACUGUUUCUCUCAUCUCUGCUCGUCUCCCUCACUCUCCAUCACACCUUGGCCUGCUAAGGAGAGGGGGUCCUCCGCAGACAAGGCUUUGGACUGUAUGACCCACUGGUCCAGGACCUUGGAGCCUGAGAUUGUGAACACUGCUUCUGAACAAGCAGUGAAGUCUCUGGCCUGGCAGAAGGAGUGGGAGUCAGAACUUCAGUCUCAUGAGGCUACAUCCUAUUCCAACUCAGACUUGAGCAAGGAUGAAUAUCAUGACCAGGACCUUGUGAAGAGGAAUCACAGCAUAGCCAAGAAGUCCCUGGAGCCCAGCUCUUCCAAAAUUAAAGUUAAGAACACCAUGCUAAUUCCUGACUCUCAGAAGCUCUUGCGAUGUGAACUGGAGUCUCUCAGGACCCAGUUGCAGGCUCAGAGCAAGGCUUUCGAGUUCCUGAACCACUCUGUGACCAUGCUGGAGAAGGAGAGCUGUCUACAACAGAUCAAGAUCCAGCAGCUUGAAGAAGUGCUGAACCCCACGAGCCGCCAAGGAGAGAAAGAUGGCCGUAAGUGGAGCACAGAGCAGGGCCAACAGGAGCUGUAUGGGGCUCUGGCUCAAGGCCUGCGGGAGUUGCAGAAGACACUGAAGGAAGGUGAGGAGCUGCAACGGGCCCGUACCACUCGCUGCCUGCAGCUGUUGGCCCAGGAGAUCCGGGACAGCAAGAAGUUCUUGUGGGAAGAACUGGAGCUGGUGCGGGAAGAGGUGACUUUCAUCUAUCAGAAGCUCCAGGACCAGGAGGAUGAGAUCUCAGAGAAUCUCCUGAAUAUCCAGAAGAUGCAAAAAACACAAGUGAAGUGCCGCAAGGUUCUUACCAAGAUGAAGCAGCAGGCAUUUGACUCAUCCUCAUGGCCAGAGGCUGAAGGGGUGCCCGCAGAAGGCAGUGGUUGCUGUAAGGAUGACCUCCAGAAGGAGCUGAGUGACAUAUGGUCUGCUGUUCACAGUCUGCAGAGCUCCAUCGACUGCCUUGCUUUGUCCAUGGGCACCAGACCCAGGGCCUCCAAUCUCAGGGGCCAGAAAGGACACCAGUGCCAAAGUUCUCAGUGCCCCUCCUGGGACUCCGAUUCUGACUGGGAGAGACCUUUCAGCAAGAGUGGAUCCUACCCUCCCGGUACAGACCCUACUCAGCCCCUCUCUAUCCCUUACCAUCUGGCCCACUUGUGAGUCCCUCAGUGUGUAGGCCUUGAGGCUGGCACUCUAUCUGGGCAUUUGGUCCCUGGCUGGCAACCCUGAGUUUUCCUGGUUCAAACCAGACCACGACCUACCUUCUUUCCCCAUAGCUUGAGCAGCUGGGACUGCUUGCCCUGAAGACCCCUCCAGAGAGAAAAUAAACUAGCUGAGAUCUUCCUCCACCCUGGACUUUUGCACCUGCUGGUUCAAGAGUCUGGGGUCCUCUCCAUGCCAACCCCAGAUAACUCUGUUAUCUCAAAGGAUGCAGAGACUGGGCACUUUUGAGGAUGUGUGAGCAGUGAGACAAGAUUUAGGGUGGGUUAGUUGGGUAUGUGAUCCAAGGACUUGGGAGGUAGGUGGAAAUAGGCAUAUCACUUUAAAGUUAACACAGGUCUCCUGAGCUACAGGAGACCUUGUCUUAAAAACAAAGAAGUGGACCAAGCAAAUGGCUCACUGGGUAAAGGCACUCGCCGUCAAGUCUGAUGACCUGAGUUUGAUCCCAGGGACCCUCACUGUGGUAGAGAACUGAUUCAUGCAAGUUGUUCUCCAACCUAUAAACACACACUGGCAUACAUCCUGAUAAAUAAAUGUAAUUUAAAAAAAUUUAAGACAGGAUUUCU